GUGGGGUGACGUCACCUGUAGCCUCGAUCGGUUAAUCCGCAAUCUAAAAAUUUAAGAGAGAGAAAGCGAGAGAGAAGGUAAAAACGGGAAGAGGAAAAGAAGGACGCAAGAUCUCAGGAACAAGGGAGGAGGAGGAGGAGGAGGAGGCGGCAGAUAAACGUUUCAUAUCAUCGUCCAUUCGAGGUUCAAUUUCCGCAACCAGCUAAGCAUCGAAGAAUCGACGAAUUGACGAAAUCGCACGCUGCAUUUGGAAGACAGAUUCGAAUUCAUCAGGUUGAUUCGAUCGGUGGUGAAUCAGUCAAAUUCCAAUAGAUUAGAUCUCUCGUCUGCGUUGGGGGAUUCCGAUUUUGUUCGAGAAUCGAAUGAUGGCGAUCGCUUUUCCUCUCAGAUUCGUAUUUGUAUUUGGAAUCGAGAGGUAUGACAUAUGAUUGGGAGGGAAUCGGAUUGCGAAUGUGAAAGUGAAAGUGAAUUGAAUGGGGGAGAUGGAAAGCGAGUUUUGUUGUAGUCAUGCAGAUCAGGUGAUUUCGUCCUCCUUGCAUAACCGAUACAAUAACACCAACACCAAUCCAAUGUCGGCUUCUUCUUCUUCGUCUUCCCCUUUUCUCCCGGUUUCGUCGCCGCCACGAUCUUCCUCUCCCGCUUUGGUCGGUGGCGGAGGAGUAGGGUACAUAGAACAUGUCGUUUCCAAAUUCGACACGCUUGUUGGCGUCGCCAUCAAAUACGGCGUUGAGGUGGCCGACAUCAAAAAGAUUAACGGCCUUGUUACAGAUCGCCAAAUGUUUGGCCUCCGGGUUCUUCAGAUUCCACUACCUGGGAGGCAUCCUCCAUCCCCUUGUUUAUCAGACGGUUCCAAGACACCAGGCCACAGUAGUUCCAACCAGACCCCACCUCGCAGCAUACAAUGUGAUCUGUUUAACUCUUUUGGGUCCCAUAGAGUUACUUGUACGAAGAAACCCUCCUUGGCUAUGAACUCAUUACAAAGUUAUUACGGGCUGAAACCAAGAAAUCAGAACUCUAUAACUGAAGGUUUUGAAAUGGCAGUCUACAAAAAUGGAGGUGCCCAUUAUUUAGAAGAUGGGCCAUUCCUUGGAGCCUCAACAGCUUCUGACCAACCUUUGAGCCAACCUCGAAAGUCAAGAAGCCUAGUUAAAUUGGAUGAGAAUAGUGAACUUUCUGAUUCCAUGCCUGCUGACGGUGACUCUGAUCCAUUGCGAAUUAGAAGGCGUCAGAAAUCUGAAGCAGACUUUUCUCGCACCCCUGAGAAGCUUUUGGGAGAUAACAGCGGCAAUGCCGGGUUUUCAGCAAUUACAGGAAAGUGCUUGGCCCUUAGACCCACAGCAGCUAAUAGAACUGCUUUAGGAAAUGAUGUUGAAGCUGGUGGCUUGAAUCCUAUACCAGUAGGUCUGGGUGAUUCGCUUAUAGCAGAUGAAUUAUCUGGAGUGAGGAAGUCGUCGAGCACAUCAAAUUUGCAGGAUCACGAGAGUAGCGGUUCUGCAUCCAUCUGGUCAACAUCUAAGUGGAGUUUGAAGCCAGAUUUACAAGCCUUUUCAACUGCAGUCAUUGCGAAACCAAUAUUUGAUGGUUUGCCUAAGCCAAUGACAGGUCGAAGAAAAACUGCACUUGAUUAAUUCACUUGAUUAUACACUAUGAUUGCCAAUUUUGAUCCAUAUUUAUCGCAUCUUACAUCAUUACCAGCAAGCAUUCGAGUGGUAAAUAGAAACAAACAAGAAAUAGGGACAAGAGUUGAAUAAGACUAUAUCAUUGAUCAUUGCAAUACAUGUGGAUUUUCUAUUUGAUGGAGCACAGUUCCAUGCUUAUGAUUUUGAAGGAGUUACCAGGUUACCGGCCGAAGCCGGCGUAUGAAUGAUUGAGGGAAGCUACCGAUUUUAUGUGCAGAUUGAAGAAUACAAUACUAGAUAAUUUGUUAGACAAUCUUGUAAGCAUUGUGGCACAUUGUAGAGGAUGUAUAUUGGUUCUUUGCUUCCUUAGGUUUCUGCAACAAUAUGCUUAUACAUUUAUUAUACCACCUAAUUCUUUUGCUUCUCUAUUUA